CUCCGUCGCCACAGAGCGUCCAGUGGCGAGCGGCUUUCCUGAGGUGACGUUGGGUCUUUGACGGGUCCACCGGCUGUUGUUUCGGAGACUUUCCGCAUUCGGUCGCAGGUCACAAUGCAGAUCUUCGUGAAGACCCUGACUGGCAAGACCAUCACCCUGGAGGUGGAGCCCAGCGACACCAUCGAGAAUGUCAAGGCCAAGAUCCAGGAUAAGGAAGGCAUUCCUCCUGACCAGCAGAGGCUCAUCUUCGCUGGCAAGCAGCUGGAAGAUGGCCGCACUCUUUCUGACUACAACAUCCAGAAAGAGUCCACUCUGCACCUGGUCCUGCGUCUGAGAGGCGGUAUGCAGAUCUUCGUGAAGACCCUGACCGGCAAGACCAUUACCCUGGAGGUGGAGCCCAGCGACACCAUCGAGAACGUCAAGGCCAAGAUCCAGGAUAAGGAAGGCAUUCCUCCUGACCAGCAGAGGCUCAUCUUCGCUGGCAAGCAGCUGGAAGAUGGCCGCACUCUUUCUGACUACAACAUCCAGAAAGAGUCCACUCUGCACCUGGUCCUGCGUCUGAGAGGCGGUAUGCAGAUCUUCGUGAAGACCCUGACUGGCAAGACCAUCACCCUGGAGGUGGAGCCCAGUGACACCAUCGAGAACGUCAAGGCCAAGAUCCAGGAUAAGGAAGGCAUUCCUCCUGACCAGCAGAGGCUCAUCUUCGCUGGCAAGCAGCUGGAAGAUGGCCGCACUCUUUCUGACUACAACAUCCAGAAAGAGUCCACUCUGCACCUGGUCCUGCGUCUGAGAGGCGGUAUGCAGAUCUUCGUGAAGACCCUGACUGGCAAGACCAUCACCCUGGAGGUGGAGCCCAGUGACACCAUCGAGAAUGUCAAGGCCAAGAUCCAGGAUAAGGAAGGCAUUCCUCCUGACCAGCAGAGGCUCAUCUUCGCUGGCAAGCAGCUGGAAGAUGGCCGCACUCUUUCUGACUACAACAUCCAGAAAGAGUCCACCCUGCACCUGGUCCUGCGUCUGAGGGGUGGCUGUUAAUUCUUUAGUCUUGCCAUUCACAGUGCCUGAUGGCAUUACUCUGCACUAUAGCCAUUUGCCCCAAUUUAAGCUUAGAAAUUACCAGCUUCAGUAAUAGCUGAAUCUGUUCAAAAUACUAAUAAACGUUUUGUUGCAUGAUA